GAUUGGCAGGCUGCAACACUGAAGAAUGUAUCCAUUGUUAAAAGCUGGGGCUGAGAGGAAACUCUUGUGUAGAUGAACUUGGGGUGUUGAGGGGAAAUGUUUGUCACUGGGAGAACAAUGCAUUCAUUCAGGAACUUCUUCUGCAGCCGCUGGUCAUGUGAUGUGCGUCUGGAUGGUCAGACUGUGGUCAUAACGGGAGCCAACACUGGCAUAGGGAAAGAGACGGCCAGGGACCUGGCUAAGAGAGAGAAGACAUUCUCACUGCUGAUGCAAUUUUGUAUUUCCGAAUCAGCACAAACGCCAGUAAUUCAAACCCAGUGUGCCAGGUGAUAUCGGGACGGGGCGGAAUCAAGGACUCAAACUGUUAACACGCCUACAUCUGAAGCUUUGUCUGCUGGGCUUCUGUUAGUCACAUUACCGGCACUGAGAACAGCAGCAGUUAUGAUCAGACCGAUAAACCUAAUGAUAUUCUCAAUGGAAAUGACUAAAUGUCCUGCAGAGGUGCAGAUGGAAAGACUUUGUCAGAGCAGACUGUUAGCCGUCCCUCCUAUGCAUGCAACUGUGCAUCCAUCAACACGCUCGCCUAAACACACGCACACGCGCACACACAGAGGGAGAUGAAAACGGGUUCUGCAUGUGUAGUCUGAUUGGUUCCGUUGGAUGCAUUUGAAAAGCUCUGUAUGGCACCAACCUCCUCGGGAAAAAGAACAGUGUGUGUGUGUGUGUGUGUGUGUGUGUGUCUUUGUUGUUGUGCAAAUGACCACAGCAGGGACCUACCACUUUCCCAGAAAUAAAAGAGGUGCUCGCAUCAUCAUGGCAUGCAGAGACAUGGAGAAGGCAGAGGUCGCCAGGAAAGACAUCCAAGAAGACUCUAAAAACGAAAACAUUGUUGUUCACAAACUGGACCUGUCCGACACCAAGUCUAUCAGAGAGUUUGCGGAGCUGAUUAACAAUGAGGAGAAGCGGGUUAACAUCCUGAUAAACAACGCUGGCAUCAUGAUGUGCCCCUAUUCCAAAACCAAAGACGGCUUCGAGAUGCAGUUUGGAGUCAACCACCUGGGCCACUUCCUGUUGACCUACCUGUUGUUGGACCUGAUCAAGCGCUCGGCGCCAGCUCGUAUCGUUAACGUGUCCUCAGUGGCCCACACCUGGGCCGGCAUGAGACUGGACGACAUCAACAGUGAGAAGAGCUACGACCAGGUGAAGGCCUACGGACAGAGCAAACUGGCCAACAUCCUUUGCACGCGCUCACUGGCCAACCGACUACGGGGCACUGGUGUCAGCGUCUUCUCCCUACACCCGGGCGUGGUCCGGUCCGAACUAUGGAGACACCUGAACACUCCAGUCCAGGUGGCGGUCAAGGUGUUUCGGCCGUUCACCAAGACCUCGGUGGAGGGAGCACAGACCUCCAUAUACUGUGCUGUGGAGCCAGGAUUGGAGAAGGAGAGUGGGGGGUACUUCAGUGACUGCGCCCCGGCGAGUUGCUCCAGGGCCGCUUCGGAUGACGACCUGGCCCAGAAACUGUGGGCGCUGAGCUGCAAGAUGCUGGCCAUCACAUGGGAGUGAAGCAAGUUGGAAGAUUGCAUGGUCAAAGUGCUGUUUAAUAUGUGCCCAUUGUAUUGUUUGCACAUUUAAUAAGAUGAGUAUUUCUAAAGUGCAUCGCUACUCUAUAGUAGUGUUGUAGUAUAAAAAACUUGAAUAUGAUAGCAGUUAUACGGAGCCCUUGAGGUGACAUUUAAUUAAUUUUUAUUUUAUAAAACGUGCUCUUGUUCUAUAGAUAUUUCGGAAACAGAAGGGCAAGGAAGAACAAGAACACAUUAGACAAAGACCCAAGAUAAAAAAAAAUUGUCUAUUGAAAUAAACUUUCCAUCUAAUGUUAUCCAUAACAAAAAUCCUGAAACAUGUUUACAUAUGAAAAAGAGAGCAUGUUUAAAAAAUGAGAGCACGAGAGAGCACAUUUAAAAAAACAAGAGCACGUUUUAUAUUUAAAAAAAUAAUUGUCACCUCCAGGGCUCCGUACUAUUACCAUCAUAAACAGAAAUACAUUUGUUGACGAUGUAUAAAAAACACAAAAGGCCUGAAAUCCUCUUCCCAAUCUAGUAUUUGUUCCAAGCUCUGUGCGUCCUGCUUCGAAAUGUAUACUUUUCAUCCCUUAGAGAAAAUGAGUAGAUGUUACUCGUUUUUCCAACUGUAGCCUGCAUUUUGUGUAGUACAUAUUAUUAGUUUGUAAUUGUAGUCUAUAAUAAACGAAUACGACUUAGAAUUAAAAUUGUAACAAUGUAAUGUAACACUUACUUGAUGUAUUAUUGUAAAAUUGUUUACAUUUCAAGCUUAACUUCCAUUUUAUAUGAAUUUCCUUUUUUUCCCCUGUAUGGUGAAAUAUAAAGUUGUAUGUUUGUAAUUAUUCUA